AUGGGACUGGAAUACCUGGGUCUGGAUGCCGUGGGAUGGCAUCGAAUGACCACAACAUGGUGGGAUAAGGUGAUAGCAGCAUGUUUAUUAACGACUAUUGUUCUUGGUGCUGUAUUCAUUUUGAGCUUUAUAGCCCGGAAGAUCUACAGAGUCUGGCAGAGGCGGCAUCAACUCUCCGUGGUCCCAACGGCCAUUGCCCGUUAUUUGGACCAACUCAAAACAAACAAUGCCCCCCUUGCGUCGGAGAAACCGCCCGCGAAGGAGCUUAAAUCGUUUGGUGUUUUUCUCGGCGGGUUUUCUAAUCCUCCGACACCUGCCGAAGCCCAUUUGCUUUCGCAAUGGGAUAUUCUCGUCGUAGAUCCCCUUCAACCCGGGGUUUUGGACGCGCUUACGGGUCACUGCACGUCAUCGCACAUUCUUGCACGCCUUGACGUCCGGAGUCUAGUGCGCUCUGAUGCCUGUCGCAACAAUGAUGAAGCCCUCCAAGCUCUGGAAACGGUCGUCCAGACGCUAUCUAGUACCCUCAAGCGCGGCCAGAGCAGCACAUCGCCCUUUCACGGGGUACUCUUGGCCGACUGCCACACGCAUUUCCAACCAGUGAUCUUGAAUGAAUUGGUCAAGUACAUGAACCACCUUGGGCUAGCUGUAUGGCUGGAAUUGGCGCCACCAGCCUACCUCAGUGAGGAGCAAGGCCGGGCCAUUAACAUGCAGCAAAUUCGUGGCGUGGUGUAUAGAAAUGGUACAAUCUUGCAAAAUGGAGAUAGGCGCAAUUAUUUCCAAAUGGCCAAGAUGCGUACCGCCAUGCGGGCCGUGGCAUCCCAGAAAGCUGUUGGCGACUCGGCUAUUGCUAUGUGGGAUACGAUUGACGACAACGUCGAACUCACGCAUCAUGUUCUCGGACGCAGCUUCAAGUGGUGCAACUACAACAGUGCUUUGUGUUGGAUCGCACCCCAAUCUGCGCUAACGAAUGCGGAUAUUGCCGUCACAAGAACGGUGACACAGGAGCCCCUGGGGGCUAUGAUGUGGCUGAAGCGCGGCGAAGUUUUGGAAGCGCACGAUAUUUGGAGGCUGAAUGACAAGAUUCGCCAAACGCCGUGUGGAUAUGACGAAAUGUACGAAUCGCUGGAGUCCUUUGUUCCCGACCUGAAGGCAAAGCUUGCGCUGUCACCCCCGGUAAAUUCUCGACGGUCCGACAGUGCAGGCACUGUGAUCGAGGGACUCGAAUGGUCUGGAAGAACCGAAAGUUCACAAACAGAUAUCCUGUCCGUCUCCCCUGCUGGAGCAAGCUAUACCGGACUCGCAUGCUUUCAGAUUGGCCUGGAUUGCACAUCCAAAGAUGUCACGGACCUCGUCGAAGGCCAAAGACAAGUUAGAGACCUCGAUUUGCUUCAACGCCUCAAUGCAGAAGAGAUUCGCCAAGUAACCGAGCCAUUGCGCUCCUUGCUGAAGGCCCAGAACUCACACACCUAUCUUUCGUCGGAACUGCAGUCAAUCAAGGACUUGGUUGACCUCCUCUCGGUUUGCAGAGGUGACGACAAUGACCGUCUUCGAAUUUACGUCGGCUUGCAUUCGGGCUUCCGCACUCGUCUUGGAAGUCAGAUUUGGGGUCUGCACGAUCUCGAUUCCAGCAUGGGCGUACUAAACAUCUAUCUGUCGGGAAAGGCAAAAGAUCGCACCGGAACCAUUCUCCACACGUACCUGGCCAACAGAGGGUUCAGCCGCUCUCGCUGCUUCUUGGCAGAGACGGCCUUGGCCGCAGAGAACCAGACGUUAUCGGAAACGUGGGGAUUGCCUAAGCGCAUGGUGGAUGAUAUCGAACAGCUUACCCCGGCAGAAACUUUGGCUUGGCUGCGACGACUGGCCUUGUCGAGCCAUGAGGAUCCCAUGAAAAUGUCUGCCAAACUACGUGCCUGUGGUGAAUAUCAACUUCUGGAAGCCCCAACUCUCGCACAACUCCGUGCUCAGUGCUCAAGUGAGUAUCUAGAUGGAGAGAUCUCGGCAGCGGACCUGGUCUCCUCACGCCUCGCGUGGCUCAGGGAACAGGGCUGUUGGUGUCCUGAUGCCUCGGCUGCCGAAGCGCUGUUUCUCGAGAUUGAUGCUCGGUUGCCAGAUCUUCUUAUGAGCGGAGAGGCAGAGGUUCUCGACAAAUUAGCCACAGUAUUCGAGUCCAUUCUUCAGAAGGGCACUAUCGACGCGGGUGCCGAUAUUCUAGCUCUGAGCGUGUUUUGUGCCUUCCGUCGGCUGGCUCUGAACGAGAUCUACCUAGAAGUCCUUGACCGCAACCCCCUACCGAACCUCGAGCCCGUGCAAGCAGCGUGUUUUGCGGAGAUGUAUGCCUGUGGUGCUCGCACGGAUAUGUACUUUGAUAUGACACCGAAACGCAUGGGUAAAAUCAUCUGGCGUUGGUACCGCGCAUAUUAUCACGAGCACCAGCCACCUCAACGAGAGGAGAUUUUCACCGAGCUGCCCACGGCGUAUGCCUCCAUGAAUGUGGAUCUGGAUCCAGAAGGAGAAAAGGACACUGCAUCGUGGCACUACCGACUCACAUUUCUGGGAAUCUUUGCUGUCCCUGCACUCAUUGAUGUCACCUUGUUGACAACAAUCGGUCGAGGCCUUUAUUUGACUACAUAUAUGAGUGAUAUCGACAAGACACUCGCCACUACUGCGUUGAUGAUCGCCCUUCUCGUCUGUGGUGGGUUUGGUAGCUGGAUCAGUUCCGGUGGAAGCUACUACUUGUACGCGAUGGCGUUCCCAGCUAUGAGCAUGUUCAUCCUGACCCGCUUCAUUGCCGGGUUGGCAGUGGCCUUCGUCGGUGGCAUCAUCGCGCUGAUCGUUGUAGGUGUGGUCAAAGGAUUCGCAGCAGGCAUUCUGUUUUUCCUUUACUUUCUUAUGCUGUCCACGUACCUUAUGACUCUGUCAGCCCUGUCGGUCUAUCAGAUGCCAGGAUAUCAAUUCCAAUCGGGACGCACGACGGUCAUGUGUUGCAUUCCGAUCCUCUUCAUUUCACCGAUCGUCACAUUGUGGGUACAUCGCGACUCGGUCAUUUACCUGUGCAUCCUGGGACUGUUCCUUGCUUGCCUCCUUCUGGGGGCGCGGCGGGUCAUGGCUCGGUGGAACAGCUGGUAUCUGAAUAUUCCUUGCGUUACGGAUACGGAAAUUGUCAGUUGGUACACACAAUCCGCAUCGAACCACGGAUCUUCCGAGAAGUUGAAAGACGUUGGUGCAGACGCUCGCCGGGCCCUCCUGGCUAGCGUCCAGAAGGAGAACAAGAAAUGGUUCUGGAGCAAAAAGACAACAGACCCGUUCAUCGCCAAAAUGGCCGAAGGCUAUUCUUCCACAACCUUCCUGUUAGGAUGGUACUGCCGCUACUCGAGAACCAAGAUGCCUUUGGCGUACAGCCCAACAUGGAACUUGCAACUCAAAGCGGCGGUUGAUACCAUGUCUGAAAUGCAAAAAGGUCUGAAGAUGCACAACGCAUUUCUUCACUGGCGCCACACCGGGUCUGAUGUCUGGUGUGGAAUCUUGUACUUUGUUGUCGCUCUGUCCGAUAAGUGGUCUGCAUUGCUAACAGGUGAAUCGAUCGUUGGUUUGUCUGCAGCUAACAGCGCCAAGUACCGUCUCACGGUCGGCUUUGCUCUCGGCUAUUAUCUCCUGGGUGCAGUCAUCCUUGACGCCGUGUCGCAGCCACUCUGGACCCUUGUCACAAAAGCAACUCCUCAGCCUGUCACCUCACUUGCCAGUCUUCGCCAGGUAACCCUCAAUGAUGCCAAGGCUCGACGGAGCCUUUACUGGAAGAACCUCAUGAAAUUCUUCUUUUUGCACAUUUGGGGUGCAGCCAUCACGAUGGCGGUUAUGUGGACGUUUGAGGGAUCCAUGAGCUCCACCAUCAUGUACUUGUGCUAUGUUGGCUGCUAUACUGGGUUGCUCUGGUAUCAGUACAACCGGAUCUUCACAGGGCCUCAUGUCGCUGGUGGCCUCGCUGUUGGUUCCAUUGCCGGAUUGGUCGUAGGGAUUAUCCUUCACGAAGUACUUCCUUCCUUCCAGUGGAGCAGCGUUAUUGGCCUUGCCACUGGUACCUGGGGAACUGCGAUCUAUACUAUUUUCAAGGCUGAUAUCGGGCUGCCAUCCUUUAAGGGAUCAGACAACCAAACCCCGCGCUUUGGGGCAAGAGAUAAAUCUGUGUCCUACGGUGUCAGCACACUCCAGCCACACCCUGAUCUCUCUCAGACUACCAUGUCCCAAAUGUUCGAAAACGUCCUUAUGCUGUCUGAAGAGUUCCGCUACAAACUAGAUCCUGCGCAGCAUCCUGGUGUUGAAGUUAUGCAGAUUUUGGGAUCUGAUCGCCAUCUUCAUAAACCAGAGAUUGUCCAGGCCGCUUUCCAUGACGCAAAAGACCUGCUUCGACGCGUUGCAGAACUCUGGCAAGCCGGGGACAUAUCUGUUGAACUAGUUUCUGCCGCACACCUCAUUCAACCGGAACAGAAAAUUCGUGCCAUCAGCCGACGGACAGGAGAUCACGUUCACGUUUUCAUUGUUAUCGGUCCUGAUCUCGUGGGAUACGACUGGACAUCAGACAUUCGCCGCAACUGUCAGGCAAUCGCGGAAGCGGUCGUCCAAGCCACUGCAGAGUUCAAACUGGGCCUUUCCCAUGACCACGCUCUGAUGGCAGAGCUUCUGAUUGUGAGCGACCGGCAGGGCGAGGAUAUAGCCUUGCCCGAGGGCAUCAAGCGUCAGCUGGAAGGCAGCUCGAAAGAGCGCGCUAGAGUCCUCAACCACGGACAGCAAGUAUUGUUGCGUCACAUUCUUCUCGGAAUGGACUGCGAUCAGGAAUGGGACCUUCUUCCUAAAGCUGCGAGAAAGCUGCUCCUCCGUCGAACCUGCGGACAACCAUGCCGCGUCAGCCCUGAACAGACUGCCUGGCUAGUCUCCAGAGCAAAUGACACGCUUUAUCUGGAAGAGUUCAUUGCUAGAUGGAACCUGGGAUUUAAGCUAACAGCUAGCGUGAUGUCGUUUGCUGCAGCCCAGGAGUCCCAUCGCCAAACUCAUGAUCAGCCGGAAUUCAUGAACACGAAGUACGACAAGCCCAUUCGUGAUUUGCUCGCACUCAACGAACACACACCCAGCAUCGGUUUCGCCGAAGCGCUUCGCCUUUCGUUUGCUCGGAUCGUGCACAUUUGGAAUGCGUGCCUCAAGUUCCUUGUCAUCUCCUUGGUAGCGGAUCCAGAAUAUCAAAGAGAGUUAGACUCAAUGCUUCGUGGACAGCCCUUGGUGUUUGCCUGGCCAAUCAACCUUAUCUUGAACGGUGUCUGGGUGACUUGCAAAUCCCUACAACGUCUCAUAAUCCCUUUGGUCUUGUUACAUGGACGGGAGAAGGUCUCCACUCUAUACAGGAACAUGAAGGAUUGGAAGACAGUGGUCCAUCAGGACCGGGUUGUCGUAGAGAGUCUGAGUGGUAUCUCGACCGGUUUCUUCCGACACGAAGCAGAUGGCACAGUCCAGCUCUACCAAUACUCAGGACGUCAUGAGCACGAGCCAAGCGAUUACAAACAACUCAUGGCCAUCAACACAUACACCGACAAACUUGUGCUCUCACGACGCCAGGAGUACCGUGGUGAUACUCUGCUCAAUGAGUUCACCUAUGAGUAUCCACAAGACAAUCGUAUCGGGCGGCCAAAGUUGCCCACGCAGCGACAAUGUACCAAGGGCGAGCUGAGCGGCCAGAUAGUCCAUUAUGACAAGCGCGGUUAUAUGACCUCAGGAUCAGCCAUGCGUGGUGUGAAUCGCCUGGAAUUCAACUUUUGGUACCGCAAAGGCGCCAAGUUUGAAGACGAGCUGCUGCGCGCCGACUAUACUCUGCCACAUAUCGGGAUCCAGGUGGCCUGGUGUAUGCCUCCUCCAAACCGACCGGAGAGGCAGGACAAAUGGAUCCCUUAUCCUCGGGUCACUGAUGCGACCUUCAUCCAAGGAGAUGAUAGCCACAAGGCCAAGUGGACCUACGACCAUAAAUUCCACCCGAUCAUCGCAACAACGUUGAACGGUGAAGCUGUGACCACCCCUGCGAUGAUCCAUGAGGACUGGUUCAAGGUAUUGCAAAAGCCCACCAAGUGCAGCUUCUUGGAUGACAAUCCACUCUUCUCCUUUUCUUCUACUAAGGUGAACUUCGUAUCGCGCUUGCUGGGCUGGAAUGUCAAACGAUAUCCGAUCCCCACCUCGCGUGCCCGUACUCACCUCUGGAAGUCAUGGAAGGGCAGCAAGGAGUUCGAUGCAAUCACAGCGCGAUGGCUGGACGAGACCAUGCUACGGUCUGACCGUGUGCUCAAGCCAUACUGGAGAAGACGCAACCUGGGUCAGCUGGAAGCUGCGGCAGAUUACCUCGAUGCUCAAGCUGAUACAGUUCUCGCUCGGGUGGACAUUGACCCCGAAGUCAGCUCCUGGACACCGUUAGCUUUUAAGAUCAGUGACCUCUCGAGCUUCGGGCAAGGUGGUGAUUCACGCAUCAACACUCGCACGCUCUCGACCCAGCUACAGGACAGCGACACCGAGCUACACGUCCUCGCUAUGGAUACCGGCACUUGGCCCAAUGAGCCCGGUGGUGUGUCGGCUUGUCGACGCGAUAUGGUCAACGAUCUCAAGGGUAUCCGCUGGCACAUUGUAGCUGAAGCAGCGAACGACUAUGGUGUACCCCGAUUCCAGAUCGAAAGAAACGUCCAGUCGCUGGCCGUGCUGCCCCAGUGGGGCUUGGACUUCAUGAAUCCCACCCAUGGCAUGUUUCAGAACACACUCGACUCGGAGGUGGUGCAAAAGUCUUACGAUACGAGGGUUGCGGAUAUCGAACGCAACUUCCUACCAAUCCUAACCAGCCUCGUUCGUUGUGCGCGAUCCAUGAACAAAACCCGGGCGCUUAUCGAGGAAGCCACCAAGGCUUUGGUAGAUCUCAACACAUAUUUCGAAUCGACUCGGAACUGGAAUGACGUCUGGAUGAGUGACACAGUGAAGCACGCCUGGCGGGAAUUGUGGCUGACCGAGGACAUGGAAGACACAAUCCCUGUGUCAGAAUGGUGGAACUGCGAGUACCCGACCCUGCAGCAACUGGAUACGGCUUUGGAUAUGUGGCAUCGCUACCUUUUCAUUUUCUCCAUCCCCGUUCCCGAACGGAUUCCCGACGUUUUCCAGGUGUCGCAUCAUUUCACGGGCGCCACGUACGGCGUGAUGUGUAAAGUCAAACGCAAAUGUGCCCUCCACGUGUGGGAUCAUUGUGUCAGCUUCCGAGAAAUGACUACCUUCCUGUCGGCCGCUGUUUCCUUCGACUCGACGUUCGUAAACUCGUCACUCAUAUCCUUGGGUCACCUCGCUUGUAUCCUCAUCGAACACCAUGCGGAUGUUGUGCUGCCCUGCGCCGAGUAUUUUAAUCCUGGCUGGGAAAUCGAACUGGGCACGUGUGAAGGUGUUUUAGAACAUCGUCGGGCCUUCCAGCGCAAGAUUGAUCCGGUGGUGAACGGAAUCACGAACAUGGAGAGGUAUAAGCCCAUUGAGAAGAUCAAGACCGAAACACCGACGGUAGUGAUGUUGUCGCAUAUUCGUUAUGUCAAAGACAUCAAGACAGCCAUCAUGGCUACAGACCUGAUCGUCAAUCAGUGGGGCUUCAAAGACUACCGCCUCCACAUUUAUGGCGAUAUGGAACGCGCUCCUGGAUACGCGUCGGAAUGUCAGGAGAUCAUUGCCUCCAAGUCGCUUCGAGAUCACGUUGUUCUUAAGGGAUUGGGUAACCCAUCUGUUGUGCUUCAAGACGGGUGGCUUUUCAUGAAUUCAUCCACUUCCGAGGGUCUUCCCUUGGCGAUGGGAGAGGCUGCACUAACGGGUGUUCCUGUGGUAUGCACAGAUGUCGGUGCUUCAUUCUGUGUUGUCAUGAACCGCGACACGGGCAAGAAGUUCAGUGAAGUCGUUCCCCCGAACGACGCCUUUUCCCUUGCAUCGGCCCAGAUACGGGUCAUGGCACUUCUCGGAGAGUGGAGCAAGUUUGCGGGUGAUGAGGAGGGCUACGUGCCCCCAUCUCUGGGCUUGCGUCCAUCUCCGGAAGAGGUGCAACAGAUCUCCCAGCGUAUGUACGAGAAGGUGGAACAACGACGCCAGUUUGGUAUGCAAGGUCGGGCGAACGUGCUCAAGAGCUUUUCCAGUCACCGGUAUCUCCGCGAGCACGAGCAGAUGCUUUGGCUGGGCAAGUACCAGAGUGAGAGCUACGUAGCCCGUUCCUCCUUGUCCUCCAGCGGGUCCAGCGGGUUCUUCAAAGAGCGGGUCACGGUCGAGCAGAUCAACGAGCCUUUAUUACCUCCUACUCCUCGGUGGCCAGGUGCCCGGCGGGAGUCGCGCCGUGGCUACUUUGGGUACAGCUCAUCCAGUACCCAGUCUCUUUGUUGAUGAAAAUGACAUUUGAAUGAGGGCGCAUUUGGAGAAAGGAGGUAUCGAGUGAGUGAGGUCAGGAGUUGUAC